ACAGGUGCAGAGUCCAGUGGUGACAUGGAUGUUCUCCUGACCCAUCCCAGCUUCACUUCGGAAUCAACCAAACAGCCAAAACUGUUACAUCAGGUUGUGGAGCAGUUACAGAAGGUUCAUUUUAUCACAGAUACCCUGUCGAAGGGUGAGACAAAGUUCAUGGGUGUUUGCCAGCUUCCCAGUAAAAAUGAUGAAAAAGAAUAUCCACACAGAAGAAUUGAUAUCAGGUUGAUACCCAAAGAUCAGUAUUACUGUGGUGUUCUCUAUUUCACUGGGAGUGAUAUUUUCAAUAAGAAUAUGAGGGCUCAUGCCCUAGAAAAGGGUUUCACAAUCAAUGAGUACACCAUCCGUCCCUUGGGAGUCACUGGAGUUGCUGGAGAACCCCUGCCAGUGGAUAGUGAGAAAGACAUCUUUGAUUACAUCCAGUGGAAAUACCGAGAGCCCAAGGACCGGAGUGAAUGAGGCCUGUAUCCUCCCUGGCAGACACAGCACAAUAGGAGUCUUAAUUUAUUUCUUAACCUUUGCUAUGUAAGGGUCUUUAGUGUUUUUAAAUGAUUGUUUCUUCCUCAUGCUUUCGCUUGCAAUGUAGUCAAUAAAACCUUGUGUACUGUUAUUGGA